CAAACGCCGAUGCUCAUCGUUUUCGAUAGUCACCCUCAGAAUCUUACGCACCGUCGGUUCUACCUGCCUGCAAUUUGCAUUUGUCUAUUGGAAACCUUCGUUGACUUCACCACCCCCGCACACUCAACAUAUGAAAAGCCAAGAGAAUUAAAGAUGGUUUCAACAGCGAUCGAUGUUGAAUUGUUAAACCGCUUCUUGUUGUCAUCUGCGGUCUUUCAGUUAUGUAAACUUCGAAGAAAUUACAGACGACGACCCUUAGUUCUUGCCUUCUUGGUUGUUGCCUCUUUUUGGGUUCUAGCUCGAGCUGAGGACUGAUCGGCGCAGAAGAUGGUUUUCAAGUUCCCGACCUUCGAUCCCAACGGUGAUUUUUACAAUGUUAAUCCAGGCUCGCCGGUGUGCCUCACUGCUUUGUCUUCUGCCUCGUCAUCUCCUCGAGCCUGCAGCAAUUGCCUCGGCGGGAUCAGUUCCUCUGUCCCCAGGUCAAUUGCACCUGCUGCUCCGCGACUAGAUGAGACACGACAGACUCAGGAUCGUAAAAGAGUUGGAGCGAUGGAGGCAAUGAGUGGCCAGGAUUCAGGUGAGACAAGAUAUUCCGAAGGAACGAGAAGUGGGUCUGCGGACGAUCAGAAUUCUGCAGAAAUGGACUUCUUAUCUGACUGUGGAGAUGCAAAUCAAUAUGAAAUUCAAGAGGUUAUUGGGAAAGGGAGUCAGGGGGUUGUCUGCUCAGCAAUCGAUACCCAUACUGGUGAAAAAGUAGCUAUAAAGAAGAUACCCAAUAUAUUUGAGAACAUAUCUGAUGCAGCUAGAGUUCUUCGUGAGAUCAAGCUGUUGAGGCUUCUACAGCAUCCUGACAUUGUUGAAACAAAGCACAUAAUGUUGCCACCUUCCAGAAGAGAUUUUAAGGAUAUUUAUGUUGUUUUUGAGCUGAUGGAGUCGGAUCUUCACCAAGUCAUUAAAGCUAAUGAUGACUUAACAAAGGAGCAUUACCUGUUUUUUCUCUACCAGCUACUUCGUGCUUUGAAGUAUAUUCAUACAGCAAAUGUCUACCAUCGUGAUUUGAAACCAAAGAACAUUUUGGAAAAUGCAAAUUGUAAGCUCAAAAUCUGUGAUUUUGGUUUAGCAAGGGUCGCGUUUGAUGCUACACCCUCCACCGUAUUCUGGAGUGAUUACGUUGCUACAAGAUGGUAUAGAGCUCCAGAACUGUGUGGAUCAUUUUUCUCCAAGUAUACUCCUGCAAUUGACAUAUCGAGUAUAGGCUGCAUCUUUGCUGAAGUACUGACUGGGAAGCCACUGUUUCCUGUAAAAAAUGUUGUACAUCAGCUGGAUCUAAUGACCGAUCUCCUUGGAACACCUUCACUAGAUUCCAUUACAAGGGUCCAAAAUGACAAGGCAAGAAGAUACUUAACUUGCAUGAGGAAAAAGCAGCCUAUGCCAUUUGAGAUGAAAUUCCCAAAUGCAGACCCUUUAGCUCUGCGGCUAUUGGAAAGGCUUCUUGCUUUUGAUCCAAAAGAUCGCCCUACUGCUGAAGAGGCAUUAGCAGAUCCAUAUUUCAAAGGACUAGCCAAAAUUGAGGAACCUUCAUGCCAGCCCAUUACAAAGAUGGAAUUCGAGUUUGAGAGACGAAGGGUUACCAAGGAGGAUAUACAGGAGCUAAUUUUCCGAGAAAUCCUUGAAUAUCACCCUCAACUUCUUAAGGACUACUUGACUGGAAAACAUCAGAUUUGAUAAAUUUCUCUUUAUUUACUUGGUUAGUCCAGAUGUGUACUUAAAGCAAGCUUGUUCAUGAGCUUUACAUGUCAUGUUAAAGUGUACCUUGAUAUUAUGGCAAACUACCAAGUCGAUUUGUCGAGAGUCGGGGUACCAAUCGAACAUCAUUCUUGCGAAUUUUAUUCUUUUAUUUUUUAGACA